AUGCAUUUCUCUCUCGCCACGAUCAUUGCCGUUGUCCCUCUUUUGACCUCUGCCUCGCCCAUUGCGCAAACGCCGCGCGUCACGAUUCCUUUGACCAAACGUUCCAAUCUUUAUCGUCAAGAUGGCACUAUCAACCUUGAAGUUUUGAAACUUCAAAAGGCUACUUCUACUGCUAAACUUCUUCGCGGGUUUGAGACCUACGAACGCAACACUGGCAAGCGCCACCCAUUGGCCCCAGUCGCUUCUACCAAACGAGGAGUCGGUCACGACGUACUCACCGACGAGGAUAGUCAACUCUGGGAGGGAACCAUCUCCGUCGGCACACCCCCUGUAAAAUACACUGUCGACUUUGAUACCGGAUCCUCCGACCUGUUUCUGCCAGCCAAGAAUUGCGACAGCACGUGCGCGAAUCAUACCCCCUACGACACCUCUGCCUCAUCGACCUCGAAGCCACUCGGAAAGACCUUUACGCUCAAGUACGGUGAUGGUUCCACCGUCUCGGGUGAUCAAUUCACCGACACAGUGUCCAUCGCCGGCCUCACUGCGACCACACAGACACUCGGUGCUGCUACCAAGUAUAGCACAGGCUUCGAGAGCACCAAUUUCCCCGCGGACGGAUUGAUGGGGAUGGGAUUCCAGUCUAUCAGCGAGUACGAUGCGCCGCCCGUCUUCCAGAGUCUCGUGGCGGCUGGUCAGACGAGCGAGCCCGUGUUCGCUAUGAAGCUCACCCAGUCUGACUCCGAGUUGACGAUUGGUGGCUUGAAUACUGCCAUGUACUCUGGUGAUAUCACCUAUGUCCCCGUCACAAAGGAAGGUUACUGGCAAGUCGAGUACGACAGCCUCAAUGGAACGACGCUCAUCAUUGCUGACACCAAGAGCGUCGCAGCGUUCUACGCUCAGAUUCCUGGUGCAAAGGCCGCGGGUGCUGACAUUGGCGACGGGUUCUACACCUUCCCCUGCAAUACCAACCUGCCCGAUGUCUCGUUUACGUUUGGCGGCAAGAAAUUCCCAUUCACGUCGAGUCUCAACUUUGGACCCGUCUCAAAGGACAAGCCAGACGAGUGUGUUGGCGGUCUCGCGGCUCAGGACGUCGGUGCCGACCUUGCCAUCCUUGGAGACGUAUUCAUGACCAAUUACUACACCGUCUUUGAUCUCGGAAAGUCGCGCGUUGGAUUCGCAAACGUUGUCGGUGGAUCUGGAUCUGGAUCUGGCUCUGGAGGUUCGGGUACUGGCUCGGGUUCUGGCUCGGGUUCUGGAGGUUCUGGCUCUGGCUCUGAUCCCAAUGAUCCGACUACGCCCACGCCUUCUGAUCCAAAUGACCCAACUGAUCCCACGAACCCAACGGACCCAACUGACCCAACUGAUCCUACCGACCCAACUGAUCCUACCGAUCCUACCGAUCCUACCGACCCAACUGACCCAACUGAUCCCACUGACCCGACCGAUCCUACUGACCCCUCGGGCAACUAG